AUGGUUUACCGUGACGAAAACAUUCAAGAAGAAACUGAACUAAGCUUUUCCAACGAGACCGAUUUUCCAAGCGUUUCUUCCAUCAAAGGCGAUGUGUUCAAAAGGCGCAAUGAAGAUGUUGAGCCCAUUACAGAGAAAUCGCCGAUCGAAAAGAAGCUGUUCGAAGAUCCUGAUUUUCCGGCAAAUAGUUCCACUCUGUAUCGGAGGAAGGGUAAAAGUGGCAAGAAAGAGCUAGAAUGGAAAAGGCCGAAGGAAAUUAUGGCCAAUCCGAAGUUUGUCGUAGAUGGGUUUUCUCGUUUCGAUGUUCGGCAGGGAGCUCUAGGUGACUGUUGGUUUUUAGCCUCGUGCGCUAGUCUUGCCAAUAUUUCAGAGCUGUUUGGGCAAGUUGUUCCGAAGGAGAAUGUGGAGUUUGAUGUCGACGACUACGAGGGGAAGUUUCAUUUUCGCUUUUGGCGGUAUGGCAAGUGGGUAACAAUUGUAGUUGAUGAUCGUUUGCCUGUCAACGGAAAAGGCAAAUUGAAGUACGGGAGAACUUCCACGGAAGACGAGUUUUGGUUUCCUCUGCUGGAAAAAGCGUAUGCUAAGCUUCACGGUUCAUACGAAGCGUUGGUAGGCGGGUUUGGAGGAGAUGCGAUGGUCGAUCUUACUGGUGGGUUGAAAAAAUACUACACUCUCAAAAAGAUAAAUCCAAAGGAGUUAUUCACCAUGGUUCAACGAUCCCUACAACAGAAUUGUUUGAUUGCUGCUGGUACCAAAAAACAACCAGGAAUGGAGAAAGUUAAAAUUUUCGGCGGACACGAGUAUACCGUCACGAAGAUUAAGCCGAUCCAGAACGAUGUGAAACUUAUUUGUAUUCGUAAUCCUUGGGGUGUAGGUGAGUGGAACGGACCGUGGAGUGACAAAUCCACCACGUGGAAAAUAGUGAGUGACGAAAAGAUUGCAAAGCUCAACGUAGUGAAAGAAGACGGCGAGUUUUGGAUGGAUGUAACGCACUUUAUCGAAUAUUUUGAAGGAAUUUCGAUAUGUUAUCAGUCGCCUGAUGACUUUGCUGCAUUACAGAACAAGAAAAAAUCAUCCUGGACAACGGUCUACCAAGAUGGCAAGUGGAUUCGUGACCGCACGGCUGGUGGCUCGGAUAAGAAAACUUUCUACAGCAACCCUCAAUAUCUUAUUACCCUGGAAAAUCACAUGUCCAACGAGGUUCACAAUGAAAACUCAAGCAAAUCCGGGAAGCGCUUUAACACAAUUGUAGGUUUAAUGCAAAAGCAUAGUCGCGCUUUGGGCAGAAAAAAAUAUUCCAUUACACUCGCCAUCUUCCCGGUGCCAGAAAGUAUCGAUCUAACGCAGUGCCCAUUGCCAAAAAGAUUCUUUGAUAACAACAAAGCCAUCAACAAUGCUUACCUUCUUGCGAAUCGCGAAAUUAUCUUCAACAAGUCGCUGUCAGCUGGCAAGUACGUUUUAGUGCCGUAUACCCGGGAAGCACAGCAGGAGGCCGAAUUUUUUAUCCGAGUUAUUUCAGAAGGUGAUAUCACGCUGACAUGUAUGAAUCAGAUAGAUGAAGCUUAA